UCCACCAAAUUCAGACUUCUGCGAAAGCACAAGGACAGCCGGACUGAACAACGCCUGCGAACAAUGAUGAAGAACCAGCUGAAAGCUUUCCUCUUACCGUCGAGACCGACUGAGCGAUACGAGUUGUUCUUGGGCGGUGAGGAAUUCUUCAUUUCUCCAGAAACGGACCGGCCUCACAAGAACAAAGCAACAACCAGCAAAUGGAUGAUUCACCCUUCGGGAACUUUCAGGGGCCUUUGGGAUAUGUGCAUGCUGAUUCUCGUGUUGUCUACAGCCAUCAUAACUCCCCUCAGAAUUGCUUACUUCGAAGAAAUUGAAGACAAAGCGUCAGUGUGGGCCUAUUUCAGCCUCGUAUCCGACUGCAUCUGCCUUGUUGACAUCAUCUUUAACUUCAGGACCGGCGUCAUUUUGAAGCACGACUAUAACCGUGUCAUCAUGGACCCCACCUUCGUGUACAAGCGAUACAAGCGUGGUUGGUUCUACGUCGACCUCGUCUCCAGCCUCCCGUUCAACGACGUAUUCGUGCUCAUCUUCUGGAAGAAGGGAGACAAAUCCGACGCCUUAUCGGUUGUGAGAUUCAUGCACUUCACCAAGGCCUUGACGGUGAUCAAGCUCCUUAGACUCUCGAGAAUGGUCAGGUACCUCGCUCACAUGGAAGAAAACUUCUUUUUCUACUCUACGGGGGCCUACCUGCGAGUUCUCAACAACAUUGGACUGCUGCUGCUGUUCGGCCACUGGCACGGUUGCCUACAAUUUCUCGUGCCCCGCAUGCAGAACUUUCCAGACUCUUCCUGGGUCAUCCUCCAGGACAUCCUAAACAGGACGUGGCUGGAGCAGUACACGUGGUCCGUGUACCGGUCCGUGCCCCAGAUGUUGGGCUCGGGCGUUGGCCGCGCCGAGGCCGAGAACACCAGCGACUCCUGGCUCAUGAUCUUGUGCAUGGCCUCUGGACACGCGCUGCAAGCGCUCCUCAUCGGCCUCUGCUGCAGCGUCAUCCUCUCCGUGAACUACACCAAGCAACUCAACAGGGAGAAGAUCAGAGAGGUCGAGGAGUACAUGCAUUACCAGAAGCUUCCUAAGGAACUGCAGUCUCGGAUCCGGGAUUAUUUCGAGAACCGCCACCAAGGGCGGGUCUUCGACGAGGCGCGCAUUCUGGCCGCGCUGUCGGAUCCUCUCCGAGAGGCGGUAAUGCAGCAGAGAUUCAGCAGCGUGCUCCAGGUAGUGCCGUUCCUGGCCCACUCUCAUAUGGACUUCAUCGAGGACUUGGCGGGCAAGCUGAGUCACGAGUUCUUCCUGCCUCGGGACGUGAUCGUGAAGCAAGGCACAGUGGGCACCAAGACGUACUUCCUCCAGUCGGGAGAAGCCAGGAUUACCACGGACGACGGCGUGGCCAUUGCAACCGCUGGACCAGGAGAUCACUUUGGAGAGUGCUGCCUGCUGAUACGGGCGAAGGCGAAUGCCAACGUGAUCGCCAUCAGCCACUGCACGCUGUUCUCCCUCUCGGUGGACGAUUUCAACGAAGUCCUCGACAAACACCCGUCGAUGAAGAAAGUUGUGAAAAUCAUAGGCGCCGAACACACGGCAUACUCUGGCACUACUGGAUUACUGCCAGUGGUGCGGAUUCGACCUGCUUCUCACAAAGAAAAAUGAUGAUAGCAUUGAAUUAUAGACUUUU